AGGGUUCACUCGUAUGUCAGGAAAGUAUCAGGCUGGUGGAUCGGAGGAUCGGCGAGUAAGAGAGAAACGAUAUAGGAUUGUUGAGAAAGAGAAAAGGACAUGUCGGAGCGAGUAGCGUCAUGUGGAAAUCUAUGUGACACCAGCACCCUUCUACUGCGAUAUUGCAACGAUGAUAAUGUAUCUGCUGGGAGUGGGAUGGAGAUGGAUGACCGUCUCUCUCACCUGGAGCAGAGGGUGCAGCUGCAGGAUGAUGAGAUCCAGCUGUUGAAAGCAGCGCUGGCAGAUGCUUUGAGAAGGCUGGGCUGCUGUGAAGAGAUCACACAUGCUAAUAGCAAGAAAGGCGGACCUACUAAAGUUCGGCAGAUACUGCAAGCCCUGCCUUCCAAGCCUCUGACCAAUGGCUACGUCCAAACAAAACGCUUGAGUGGCUAUCCUUCCUCUCCCUCAUCUCCUAAAAAAGAAGUGCUCAUGUCUAUUAAAAGGAAGAGUAUGUCCACAGAGCGUCUGUCCACGGUGAGGAAGGAGGUGGCAGACUCACGCAGCAGAACCACCUCAUCUAGCAGCUCAACCGGGGGAAAGAAAGACAGCAAAUCCAAAGAAUGUACCUUGAAUGCCGAUGAUGGUUACGUUAGGAUGUUUAUACGUGGCCGUCCAAUCACGAUGCAUAUUCCAGACCAGCUUAAGGACAGCUACAGCCUUGAUAACAGGGUGGCACUGCCAGAACGCAAGCUGAAGCUUCAAUGGGUGUACGGCUAUAGGGGACGAGACUGCCGUUCUAACCUUUACCUGCUCCCCACAGGAGAGAUUGUGUACUUCAAUGCUUCUGUUGUGGUGCUGUACAAUGUAGAGGAGCAGCAACAGAGACACUAUCUGGGCCAUAAUGACGACGUCAAGUGUUUGGCCGUCCAUCCAGACAUGGUCACCAUAGCAACAGGACAAGUUGCCGGCACAUCCAAAGAUGGCAAACCUCUGCAGCCUCAUGUUCGUAUCUGGGACUCUGUCAGUCUGAACACGCUCCAUGUGAUAGGAAUGGGUGUGAUUGACCGAGCUGUCACCUGUGUGGCCUUUUCCAAGUCGAAUGGAGGUGCUCAUUUGUGUGUGGUUGAUGAUGCAAAUGACCACAUUCUGUCUGUUUGGGACUGGCAGAAAGAAAAACAACUGGCGGAAGUUAAGUGUUCCAAUGAGUCUGUGCUGGGUGCUGUCUUCCACCCUAUGGAGGCCAACCUGAUUUUCACUUGUGGGAAAUCUCAUCUCAACUUCUGGACAAUGGAAGGAAAUACUCUUUCAAAACGUCAGGGACUGUUUGAGAAACAUGAAAAACCCAAGUAUGUACUCUGUGUUGCCUUUGCUGAGAAUGGAGAUGCAAUCACGGGGGAUUCUAGUGGAAACAUUUACAUCUGGGCAAAAGGUGGAAACAAGAUCAGCCGGGCCGUUUCUGGAGCCCAUGAAGGUGGGAUAUUUUCUCUGUGUGUGCUAAAGGAUGGAACGCUGGUGUCCGGAGGAGGAAAAGACCGUAAAGUGCUUCUCUGGGACCAUGAUUAUCGUAAAAAGAGUGAGAUGGAGGUUCUCGAAGCAUACGGCCCUGUCCGUACUUUAGCGGAAGGAAAACAAGAUGAGCUGUUUGUGGGAACAACCCGAAAUGCUGUUCUGCGGGGCUCUUUCUCAGGUUCCCUCACACCCAUUGUUCAGGGUCACACUGAUGAGUUGUGGGGACUGGAUGUGCAUCCCACUACUGAGCAGUUUGUGACGUGCGGUCAAGACAAGCAGGUUUUUCUCUGGGACACCAGCUCUCAUCUUUCUCUGUGGAGCAAGGCCAUUGAGGACCCAGGCCGUUCUGUUGGAUUUCAUCCUACUGGUGCUGUGCUUGCUGUAGGCACCAUGACAGGAAGGUGGCUGGUGCUGGACACCGACACACGUGAUCUUGUCUCUAUGCAUACAGAUGGCAAAGAAAUCAUCUCCGUUGUUAAAUAUUCUCCUGACGGGGCGUACCUGGCUGUGGGUUCUCAUGACAACUUUGUUUACAUCUACUCUGUGACUGAGAAUGGCAGGAAAUACAGCAGAGUUGGCAAAUGCACUGGACACUCCAGUUUUGUUAAUCAUCUUGACUGGUCCGCCGACAGCCAGUUUAUUGUAACCAACUCAGGCGACUAUGAGAUUUUAUACUGGGAGGCGUCAACUGGGAAACACAUUACUAGCGCAGAUGUGGUGCGUAACCUGGAGUGGGCCACCUCCACCUGUGUGCUUGGUUUCAAUGUGUUUGGUGUCUGGCCAGAAGGUGCAGAUGGCACAGACAUUAAUGCUGUAUGCAGGUCAACUGACAAAAAUCUCCUCUCUUCCGCCGACGAUUUUGGCAAAGUGCACUUGUUCUCCUACCCCUGUUCCCAACCAAGGGCUCCCAGCCAUAUCUAUGGUGGGCACAGCAGCCAUGUGACCAAUGUUGCCUUCCUCCAUGACGACAGUCAUCUUAUCUCAACUGGUGGGAAGGACACCAGCAUUCUUCAAUGGGUGCUUGCUUAGCAAUACAAUACCUGAGCAAUACUGCUGCGACCUCACUGUUGAUCUCUGCCCACUAGAGGGCAGCACUGCUGUGCCUAAUUUCAUUCUUUACUUUCCUGUUUGCCUGUACUGUGUACUUUUUAUUGGGUUUUCCAUUAAUUGCUGGUACGCGCCCGUUUUUGUCACUUAUCCAGUUGUGAGUAUCCUGAUGGUUUAAAGGGUGGAGGUGGAUCUUAAUUCAGUGCUGACUGUGGUUAACUGAGGGGUGCACUUUGGUGAAGCGCCACCAGAAGGAGCUCUAGUGAUGGAAAGUAAGCAUGUUCUGAGAUGUUGACACUAUUUAAGCCUAUUUAAAGAGUUUUAGAUGCUGUUUGUUUUGCUGAAGCCUAUAGAAUAUAUAAAAUGCAGUUACGUAGUGGAGGUAUUUUAAUAUGGGAAUGACAUAAUGAUGUUGUGGCACUUAGCUUUUGAUGCAUAUCUAGAGGUGAACUUAAGCUGUGCUUUGCCUUUUAUUUGUUAAUAAAGUUUCUCACAUA